AAACGAACGUCGCGCAGUGGAUCUGCAACUGCGGACGGCAGAAAUAUAGCGCGUACCAUGUUUGCAAGCAUUUGGUUCAAGCCGUGAAUCCCCCGCCGAUCUCCUUCUGGAACCACGUUCACCGCCGUCGCACUUCCCCUCUAUACCGCCAUCCUGCUUUAGUCUCCCGCGAGACGGCACUCGUCCCCACUCCCUACAUGGACCCCGACUUGGGCAGUAUCACGGACGGCGACGAUCAUCUCUGGUCCGGUAACCCCUCCGACCUUGAGGACGGGAGCUGGCGAUCGGGUCGGCUGGCCACUUCCCUUCCGCGCAAUGAGCGCGUCGUGGACGUUUCUCCGCCCGCCGCCGGGGAGGUCUCGGAGAAGGCGACUGAAGUCGAUAGCGCGACGGGUUCGCUCGCAUCUGGUCCCGUGUUGUCUCCCGACGACGCUUCGCAGCCUCAAGCGCAGGAUCUUCGAGGGGAUGUUAGCGAGGAUGAAGACGACAUAGUCGAUACCAAUCUCGAAUGGUUUCGCGCACAGAUCGCCACGCAUGAGGCCGGCCUCGAACUCCUCAAGAAGCAAUUGGUGCUGCCUCCUUCCGAUAGCGCGCUCUUUAUCGCCCGGCUGAAGGCACGAGACUUCGGCCGCGAUAUGGUGGAGCUUACGCAGGACAUGUUCCAUGUCGAGAGCACUGGUCGCAAGCGGUCGACUACGUGGGCACGCGCAGGCGACGCACCUCGCAAACGACGACGCCUCAACAACACCCUUGGCUACCAUCGCACGUCGUCAUCGUGUGCUGCUAGCAGCGCGCGAGGGUCGUCACCUGCGGCACCGGUCAUCCCCGACCUGCAGGCUGCUGACUCUGAUGCUGAGGUGUGUGGUAGCCCCAGUCACUCCAUCGCUCUGUUCACACCUCAACAGGACUGCUGAGCAUCGCUGCUGGAGGUCCCCUAUGCCUACCCAUUCACUGACCGCCCCCCAUGCUACAUAUUCCCUUGCCAAACAUACUCCAUCCUCCUCGAGCCUCAUAUGUUUUACUUGCUGUUCUGACUUGCCUACCCCUCCCCUUGGACCUGAACUGCAUAGAUAACAUGUCUAUCUACUACUUUGUAUACUUAUAAUGACUCUAGGUCUCGUCACGUAGUCUAUACUUGAACUUGGACAAGGGACUCUACACGAAGUUUUGUUAUGUUUGUAUUACUAAUCACGCAUAUUCCGGUCGAUUUUCUGCUAGUCUAUGGGCUCUAUGCUGUAUAUAGAAUGUUAUAUUCCACCAGAAGGUACACAGGAAAGGCAAACAUAGCCAGGUGCACGACUUCGGUGCGUUGGCGGCGCGGCACGUGGCAGGUCACGUGGCUGACGCUACUGGGGCAAUAGCGCUCAGUCGCGGCGGCACGUAGCAUGUGG